AAAAUAUUAUGAAUAAUUUAUCGUUUCAAAUGUGGAACACAGUUAUAAAAAAGUAUAAAUUUAUUUUCACGCAUGUUUGUGCAUGUGCGGUUAUCAACCGCCUGCAGAUUAAUAACUUAUUUAUGAGACGCUUAAUUAAAAUAAUCUCUAAAACGUUCGAGAACCGCAGCUAGUCAACAAUUUAAUCAAGAGAGUUUAAAAUAAAUUACAUAGAAGGCAAAUUAACCUAGCUCAAAUUAAAUGAAUAAUCUACCACUUAGAUCUUGAACAUUUCGCAAACACAUGAAGCCUUCUCGGGUUUCAUAAUUGUUUUAUAAAACAAAUGUGUUAUUGAAAUUGGAAUAAGUAGAGUGAAUCAGCAUAAAGGCGUAACAUCGAGAGGCGUCUCACCUCUCGCACAUAGCUAUUGCCAUAUGGACUCGAUGCAUAUUAAUGCGAACCGCAUAACAACUCCUUGCUCCAACAAUGUGGUUACGACACUUCCUGGUACGAGCACAGCCGGAGGUGUAGGAAACAACACGACAAGCGAACCCGACCAACUUAAUGCCGGCUCAAAAGCACCUGAACGUGACUUUCCGUAGCAAUGCAUAAACCCGUAAUUCUAUUUUAUUUACCUUUUAAGGCAAAACAGGCGAAUAGGAAGUCUAUAACCAUAAGCAAAAUACAAAUCAUGUUUAGUCGGAGUAGGUAUAGACCGACGAUAAUUAAGUAUUGCCACAGAAACAACUUGUCGUCCAACAAGGACACAUAUGUUCCCAGACGCAAUGACGUUAAAGUAAUCAGACAUGAUAUUGUUUAAUUCAGUCAUCAAUAUUAAUUUUGAGUCAUGGCCUUGUUGAUAUAAUUUUCGUGUAUCUGACAGUUACGGCUCGACGUCUUGAAGUAUAAGAUAUUAUUAAGAAAUUAAUCAAUGUCUUCUUAUGUAAAAUGGACCUACGAGUACACAAAAGUACGAAAAAACUUUGGCAGGCAACCACUUUUUCAAAUUGUACCAGCCCGUAUGUUAGACUCUAUCAACCCUGAUAUAAGUGAGCAGAAAAACUAUAUUUUGCGAAACCCCGUGCAUCGUGAGGUACAAGCCGCCAGUACAGUGUCAUGGAAUGAAACAAAUACUAAAAGGAUCAAAAUGCAUGAUCAAGGCAUAGAUCACACCGAAGGAGGGUGGCCGAAGGAAGUGCACCCUUAUAACGAAGAUCACGUACAACGACACCGUCGCAGAAUUAUGCACGAAGAUAGUUAUAUACACUCUGUACUAAACCUAUCACCAGCUUUGUUUCAUAGAGUAGACCAAAAUAAUGCCAUCGAAAUGUAUGAAACCUACUACUCUGAUAUGCCUCCCCAAGAUCCAGUGGAGAAGUAUGGUACUCGUAUAACUAAUGUGUUCCGCGACGAAAAUCACAGACCAAUAUCAUGUGUCAAAUGGACAAAUGAAAAAAACGCCAAACUGGCCGUCGCUUACUGCUUUCAGACUUGUAUGCCAGAACCUGAAUUAAACAAAUUAAACGCGUGUUACAUAUGGGAUGUACACAGACAAACAGAACCAGUAUAUAGGUUGGAACCAGAGCACCCUUGCGGGAAACUGGCCUGUUCUCCCGCGAAUCCAGACAUAUUGAUAUGUGGUCUUGAGAACGGCACCGUCGCUUUGUUCGAUGUUCGGACGAGUAAACACGCUGUGUCGACUAGUUCGGUAUAUAAUUCCCACCGCAGACCCAUAACAUCAAUACUUUACAUUCACUCACGUACUCACACGGACUUCUUCACUGGAUCUUCAGACGGUGAGUGUUUGUGGUGGGAUCUAAGAAAUCUUUCAUAUCCCUUUGAUCGGUUGUCCAUGUCAGUACGCCACGGCCCAACAGAAAUGCCAAACUUGAGUAACUCAGAAGGCGUAAGUACUUUGGAAUUUGAUCCUGGCUUGCCUACAAAGUUUCUUUGUGGAACUGAGACUGGUUUAGUCAUUAAUGGAAAUCGCAUGGGUAGAUCUCAUGAUGACAUUUUAGUAUCGUACUGGAAUGCACACGAUGGUUCAGUGCAGGCGGUACAAAGAAGUCCUUGUACAUUUAGAAUGUUUCUUACGUGCGGGGACUUUACAGUUAAAGUAUGGAGCGAGGAGGUGCGUACCGAACCUAUAAUAGUAACAAGGCCAUAUAAAAAUCAAGUUACAGACGCGGCCUGGGCUCCAUUGAGAUUCUCUUGUUACAUGUCUGUAUGUGCAGGUGGAAUGUUUUAUUACUGGGAUCUUUUACGUAAAUACAAAGAGCCCGUCGUAACUCUACAAGUUUCUAAAUAUGGCUUAACAAGAAUUACUCCUCAUAUAGAAGGUGAAUCGGUUGCUAUUGGUGAUUACCACGGCGACUUGUAUCUGCUUCAGUUGUCGGAAAAUAUGUCUAUACCGGGAAGUCGCGAUAAGUUGUUGAUGGGACAGGUAUAUGAAAGAGAAACAAAACGUGAGCAUAUAUUGGAUAAUCGUUUGAAGGAGAUUCGUUUGAAAGCGAGAGCUGAAGAGGAGGCAGCUGCUCUUGAGGUACCGGUCGAAGAGACCGAUGAGGAGGAGUUGGUGCAAGCGGCAGAGGAUGAGUUCUUUAGAAUUGUUCAGGGUGAGUUGAAGAAUAUGGAAAUCGCGUCAGAGCACACGGAAUAACAACGAUAAUAGUUUGACACAUUUAUAAUGAUUCAAGAGCUUUUAUGUUUAUUUAUAUAAUAGAAUUAAAGUUUCAUUUUAAUUUGA